GCGCGCACUCCCCCCUCUACCCCCGGCGACUCCUGGUGCAUACGGGUCCCAGCCUCCCGCGUAGUGGGAAUAUGGCCUCUUCAGAUUUGGAAGAUUUAUGCUCUCACAUCAACACAAAGAUUUCAACUAUCAAAAAGACUCUUCAGUUAAGAAACAUGGGUCAGGAGCCAUCCUUGAAAUCUGUGCUCUGUAAAAUAGGGCAUGAGAUGUUUCUCCUCAAUGGUCUCCUGAAUAAAAUGGAAAUAGAAGUUGAGCAUCAAGAAAAACUAAAGAAUUUGCUCAAGGAGAUGCAGGAGUCUAUUAAGAGGGACUAUAAUGAAGCACAGCACCUCCGUGAAAAUAUUCCUCCCCAUCUGCCCAAAGCAAUCCCAAAGUGCACUGUGGGACUAAUUGUGAAGUCUGAAGAACAAAGUAAAGUUGCAGAACCUGAAUGUGUAAAGAAACCCGCAAAAGAGCCAAAAUUUAUUAAAGAAGCCCCUUUAAUAACGGCACAGGAAUUUGAAGGUGUUCCUGCGUACAUGCGGGGUCGUUUAACAUACGAUCAAAUUAAUGGAGUUGUUCAAGAUUUGAAUAAAGCAGUGGUUAGCAAAUAUAAGAUCUUACAUCAGCCAAUGAAAUCUAUGAGCUCUGCUGUCAGAAAUCUCUACCACAGAUUCCUGGAAGAAGAAACCAAGGAUACUAAAGGUGAAUUUUUUAUCGUGGAGGCUGAUAUAAAAGAGUUCACACAACUGAAGGUGGAUAAGCGCUUUCACAGCAUUCUGAACAUCCUCCGGCAUUGCCAGAGAGUGCGGGAAGUCCGUGGUGCACGACUCGUCCGUUACGUUAUCUGCUAA